AUGCUCAAGGUGAAGCGCACGCGUAAAAGAGUGACGAAAUCGAGAAACGGCUGCGUUAAGUGCAAAUCUAGACGAAUUAAGUGUGACGAGAAACGACCCAGCUGCGAGAAUUGUAUCAAACUCGAUUAUCCAUGUCCUGGCUAUCAGCAGCAACUACGAUGGUUACAAAAGCAUCAGCAGGCGGGGACAUUAGCCUUCCAAGAGACGGUCUUUGAGAUUGAUGAGCAAUCGCAUCAAUCUAUAUCAGCUGCCGAAAGAACCCAGAAGGAAGACACAAGAAGUGCCCAAGGCCAAUUAACUAACUUCCAAAAUUCUCAGGAAUCUUCGAUAGAUGAACAAGUCUCUUUCGACAACGGCUAUGACUUGACCUGGCUUACGGAGGUUCCAAUAACCUGGAACGCAACGGAGGACUUGGAACUUGGAGCAGAGAAUGUUGGGGAGCCUCUAUGGAACUCAUUUACUGGCCUGGAAGAAGCCGACACUUUCAAUAGCCAGCAUGAUCUUCUUACAGCCACCAGUCUCAGCAUUAUACAUGCACCAGCUCACAUGUCAACAACCCUGAUCGAAUACUGGUUCCAGCACAUUUGUCCAGUGCGGUCCACUUUCGACUCUGACGUUAAUAACAACCGCUCAUUGGCUCGGAACUCGUGGGCUACGUCUGAGCCCGUCUUCUAUGCGAUGCAGGUCAUGUCCGCUGUAUGCCUCUCGGAUAGCAUGCCGCACCUCAGCCAAAGUCUAGCAUCAUUACGGAAACAAGCUACUAUUUCCAUCAACCAGGGGAUUUCUCGAGUACGAAACUCAAGAUUACAUCAAGUCACGGCAGAUUUAGUCUUUGCCGUCUUAGCCAUGGGAACCUCGUCACACUGGGUUGGUGCUGUGAACUUAGAUCUUCAUUGGCUGGAAUCAUGCCGUGAACUACUCUCUGUAUGGAGCGACAAGAUAUCUACAACUGAUUCUUUACUACACGCCUACUUUCGCCAGGCGUUGGUCUAUUGGGAAAUGCUUCUCACCGUUGUUGGCCAUGGUUCAAAUCCCUGCAAUGUCGAAAGGCGGCGUCGAAAAUAUCAGAGCAGGCUUCGUCGAGCAAUGCUCCUGGAAGCCGAUCCCCUCGAAUUUACAGGAGAUGGAGAUUCAGUGAUAUCUUCGAGUCUCAAGCCACUCGGAACACUUCCAAAUUCUUGGUGUGGGAUUUCGAACGAGGUGGUUGAGACUUUCGGUCAAGUUUUGGCUCUCUGUCAAAGCGCUUGCGAGUACAACCAGGAACAGACAAAUCUUACUCUUGAUACAACUAGCAGGGCGCUUUGUGAUCUCGCAGUCGCGCAUGAGCUUGAGAAUGAACUUCUGAGUAUGGACUUCGAUACGAUUGUGCUUUUGGAAGAGGUGCAAGGUUAUCUUGUCGACACGAGGGAUGAUAACACGCCUGUGUCACAUCUACUACAGACAGCCGAGGCAUAUAGAAAGGCUGGGCUGUUGCAGCUGUAUCUGACGUUCGAUGAUCUUGUCGUCAACACGACUGGGGGGUCAACUGGCACGAAUAAUCCAACAGAUAAAGAGUCUCGGGCAAAAUGUCUUGUUGAUUUGGCUCUACAGCUUACAGCCACACUUGAGAAGAUCCCAACUGCAUCAGGCUCAAAGUUUAUCCAUCCCAUGCUGUACCUUUCUGCGGCUGUGGGUCUCAAGUUUAACAAACAAUCUGAUUUUUAUGGGCCAGGAAUUGCUGAGGGAGUCAGGAAUGACGCAUCAGAUCUUUUUCUGUCCAAAUCAGACUGGAGUUUACUAGAUCCAACACAGCCAUGUCUAUCUGACAGCGCAGAGAACUUAACGUCAUUCAUCCCACAAUCUAUCUUGAAAGUCGCUAAGGCGAGACGUCUAGUAUGGUCGAGACUUAGCAUGAUUCGACAGGCUUUGCCAUAUAAAGCCAGCGACAGCUUGUUGCGGCUUGUUAAAACAGUGUGGUCGGAGUAUGACAAGGCGUCAUCAGAUACGUCUACGAAGCAUUGGUUCAAGAUAUUGAGCCAGACUGGGAUAGAUAUGCCUCUGUAA